CCACCCCACUCUACCAAGAAUGACAAAGUAAGACUGUCUAAAAAAAAAAAAAAAUCCUGGUGUAUGAAAGUUGUCAAAGAGAGCAAACUGAGACAGCCACAGAAAAAGCCAGAAGGAGCCAGGCUUAGUUCUGCUACAGCGCGACUUUGGGUUGGGGAAUCUAUGGAGCGAGCAGCCGGGAAGAUGCCACUCCUCCCACAUCAGAUCUCCACCCCUGCUCCACCCAAGACUCAAAGGAAAUCAAAUAGAGGUGAAGGGACACAGGCAUCAGAAUCGCAGACACAAUGAUCACGGGAAUAGCAGCAGCUCUGCUGUUGCCGCUCCUGGUGCUGGCAUUAGCAUGGUGGAGUUGGGGUGCGCGCUGCACUCAGAUGAGGGGGGCUCUGCCCCCCGGGCCCAGGCCGCUCCCGUUGUUGGGGAACUUGCUGCAGCUGAAGCGACACCUGGACCGUGCGCUCAUGGAGCUCUCCCGCCACUGGGGCUCGGUGUUCACCGUAAGGCUGGGCCGGCGCCCUGCAGUGGUGCUCUGCGGCUACGCAGCGCUGCGGGACGCAUUAGUGCUACAGGCGGAUACCUUCUCUGGCCGCGGGGCCAUGCCGGUCUUCGAACGCUUCACACACGGAAACGGCAUCGUGUUUUCUAAUGGACCGCUCUGGGGAGCGCUGCGCAAUUUUGCACUUGGAGCGCUGAAAGAGUUCGGUUUGGGCACGCAGACCAUCGAGGAGCAAAUCCUGGAGGAGGCUUCUUGCCUGCUUAAUGAAUUUCAAGCCACCAUUGGAACCCCGUUCGACCCCAGGCGGCUACUGAGUAAUGCUGUAUCCAAUGUUAUCUGUUCUGUGGUCUUUGGGAAACGCUAUAGCUAUGGAGACUCGGAGUUCUUGAGGCUCCUGGACCUCUUCAAUGACAACUUCCGCAUAAUGAGUUCCAGAUGGGGUGAGGUGAGAGGAGCGGCCACAAUGUCUUCCUCGUGUGCUCAAUUUUAUGCCAAACCCUCUGUACCCUCUAAAAUGACAAAAAAUUAUUCUAGUGACUUAAAAAGAAAAAAACACCUCAGGCCAGGCGUGUACCCAGAGGUGGCAGCCAAGGUGCAAGCAGAGCUGGAUGCUGUGGUAGGUCGGGUGCGCGCCCCAAACCUAGAGGACCGCGCGUGUCUGCCCUACACCAACGCCGUACUACAUGAGAUCCAGCGCUUCAUCAGUGUCCUGCCACUGGGACUGCCGCGUGCCCUCACCCGCGAUACCCACCUGCAUGGCCACUUUCUGCCCAAGGGCACCUUCGUGAUUCCCCUGCUGGUGUCUGCGCACCGAGACCCCACCCAAUUCAAGGACCCAGACUGCUUCAACCCCACCAACUUCCUGAAUGACAAGGGGGAGUUCCAGAGCAACGAUGCUUUCAUGCCCUUUGCCCCAGGAAAGCGGAUGUGCCUUGGAGCAGGACUGGCCCAUUCAGAGAUCUUCCUCUUCCCUACUGCUAUCCUACAGAAAUUCUCCCUGCUCCCUGUGGAGAACUCUGCCAACAUCAACCUCACGCCACAUUGCACUGGCCUGGGCAAUGUCCCCCCAGCCUUCCAGCUUCGCCUAGUGCCCCGCUAAGAUCAGGCUCUGCAACUUUGGGCUCACUUGCCCUCACACAUCCUAGCCCUCCUUGGUCAAUAAAAGCCAUGACUUACA